UGGAUCUGUGAUCACUUUACUGCGCGCCAUGUUCGGUGUGGGCGUUACGUUCCCAUUUAAAGGAUAAUUUAUGGAGUUAAUAACCUAUCUGGAUUUUGUACAUAAUAACCUUCUGCUCACGCAGCAGCCAAUCAUACUUCGGUUAUGUUACGUCCGGAAAUUAUAAUUUUUACUCUAUUUGCACUUUCAACUAAUGCACAAGAAGAUAGUGACAUAGGUUAUUUUUGGCAUUUAAGUGAUAUUCACUGUGAUCUUCAAUAUGUAAAUAAAUCAUGUAAUCUACCAUUGGGUAAUUAUUCCUGUGAUUCUUCACCCAAUCUUGCUUUAUCUGCAAUCAAUGCUACAAGACAUUUAUUCCCUAAAACACCUGAUUUUGUUAUUUGGAGUGGCGAUAAUGGACCACACGAUGGCAGUUUAACAUCUGAUCAAUUACUAGACGGUAUUCGACUGCUAACUAAGGCAUUGAAACAAGCCUUUCCCGUGGAUGAAGUUUAUCUUCUACCUGUUUUGGGCAAUCAUGAUGUUAUUCCAGCGAAUGAUAUGGAAGUCACUGUGAAUAGUCCUUCACGUACUGCUUGGUGUCAUCAACUUGGUGAGCAGAAAGAUCUAUGGGGUGAAUGGAUUAAUCAUCGUCAGAAACAUUUGAUGUCGUCAGUAUCACAGCAAAAUUCAUCGAAAUAUCCUACAGCUAAUUUCUCACAGACUUGUUUCUUUUCACAUCAUCUUGUAAAUAUUGGUCCAUAUAAUCAUUAUGAUUAUCAUCAUGCGGAUAGUAAUCGUCGUACAAAUUUAAUCUUAAUCAGUUUGAACGGUCUCAUUUGGUAUCAAGGGAAUCGUCUUGCUGGGAAUACAGACAAUGAUCCAUUAGGUCAAUUGGAAUGGCUACAGAAAACAUUUCGUUGGGCAAGAAGACAUAAAGCGAAGGUUUUACUCGUCAGUCAUUUUCCGCCUGGAGCAUCAGAAAAUGCACCAGCUGGUUAUCGAUUUCUUCGACCAGAGAUUAAUGAUCGAUUUGUUAAUAUUCUAAUAUAUAAUGCUGACCUAUUAAUGGCUGGAUUAUUUGCACAUGAACAUGUGGACAGUUUUCGAUUGCUGGUGUCAAAAUCAAAUAUCUCAGUGGCUUCCUUAUUUCUAAUGCCCUCGGUUUCCCCAAUGAUUUUGCACGGUCUGGGCGAUUUCAAUCCUCGAAUUCGAUUAUACCGUUAUCAGAGGUCAACAAUGAAAUUACUCGGUUAUGCACAAUACUAUUACAAUUUAGAAAAUCAACUCUCACCAACAAAUGAUCAUAAUAAUAAUAAUAAUAAUUGGCAAUUGGAAUAUGACACUUUGUCAGCCUAUCAACUCGUCGAUUUAUCCCCACAAUCAUUAACCAACUUGUAUCAUAAUUUUCUACAAGAAGAUAAUGGUUAUUGGUCAAGCUAUUGGCGAUAUGAAUUAGGCGGUAGACAGCAUGCAUUAAAACCGAAUUAUUUGAAUAAAUAUGGUCUAUGCCCACGAGCUUACUCUCAGUGUCGAUGUGAUCAUUUAUGUGCAAUGAGGAAUUUAUUUCUAAACAAUUUAGAUAAAUGUCUUCAGCUGUGUCAAGAUAUUAAGUAUACUUACGGAACAACGGCUAAUAGCCAUAGCCUGUUAUUAGAUAAUCCAAUGUUAACUGUAAUUGCUAAACAUGAACUGCUCACAGGCGAUAAUGCCACCAGUUAUCCAAAUCAAUCGAUUAUUAAUCAGACAAGUGUGAAUAACACCAAUGAAAGAAGUAGUCUGCCAUACAUUAUCGGUGUGAUUAUCGCUUUUCUAGUUAUCCUUAUCGGGAUUAUAUUGAUUGUCAAUCGUGAAGUGUGUAAUCGACAUCGUGGUUAUCAUCAUCAACAUCGUUCCCUGUUGGCUAGUAUGAUCAGUGUAGGUGGUGUUGGUGGCGCGGCCGCGGCCGCUGCUGCCGCCGCUGGUGGAUUGAAUGGUGGUGGACUGCUGAAAGCUGAUUACUUACAGAAUAAUACUUCACGUAGUAUUGCUCCUCCAGGGAUUGGUGAUAACACUGUCACGGUCAAUGAUUGUGGAAUGAUUGAUCAUUAUGGAGAUUAUGGAAUUGGUGGAUCGUGUAUUGAACUUCGGACAGCUUUUCAUCCAGCUUAUGAUGAUUUCGAUGUGGAAUAUUUUAAUAAAUCGAUGCUGUCAUUGAAUGGUGAGAAGUUGGGCAAUAUUGAAGGGAAUAAUGCUGAUGAUGAUGAUGAUUUAGGCGAUGGUCACCAUCAUCAUCAUCAGAAGGAAACUGCCGGUGUCAUUAUGAUGAAUUAUCAUGGUGGGGAACAACAACCGUUACAUAAUUCAAUUGUUAAUGGUGUCAAGUCGUGUAAGACGCAGGUGAAUGGAACAAUUCUCUCACCUGGACGUAUAUUAACUGCCUACUAUGCAAAUCAUCAUCCAAGUAGUACAACGACAAGUAGUAGUUGUAGCGGGAGUCAACGUCGAGGAACAGCACUAAAACAUAAUAAUAAUAAUAUUGAUGAUAAGCGCUAUUCAAUAUCCGAUUAUGCUUAUAUCAAGAAUAACUAUUUAUUAUCCAAUCAGCGUGAUCAUCAUCGAUUCUCGAAUAUGAAAUCAAGUCAUCCAAUACCACAGUCACCGCCAACCGCUCCUAAUCAUAUUCCAAUUAAUACGUCUAUCGUUAGCGAUAAUCCUGGAGUGGCCGGUGUGAUGAUGAAUAGCAGACGAGGUGAAUCUCUUCUAGGCGAUGAAAGAAGUAAUACUACAACCUCUGAAAUGUUGUCACAAAGUGAACAAGAACCUCAUCAGCAGACUGGUACUAGUACUACAAUCAUCAGUUGUCUUCCUGAGGAUUAUUACGCUGAUGAUGAAGCGGCGUUUGGUGAUGAUGAUGACAGAAGUGAACUGAAUGACCACCAUCAUCGCCAUCGUCAGCCUCAUAAGGAUGACUACUCUCGUGGUGGUAUUGGCGGUGGUGAUCGUGGUCGUAUUCCUGCUGUUGAUGAUAAAGACAGUAUGAAUAACAGUGUAUUUUCGACAACUGGACACGAUCAUCCUCAUAAUUGUCGUCCUUAUAAUCUAAAUAUUGGGAAAAAAUUAAAAACUAAGCUGAAGUCAUCAAAUUAUCCUACAAGUCAACGUCAAUAUCAUCCGUAUCACCAUAACGACGAGAAUGAUUGUAAUACAGAGGUGGAAAAUGACGAGUAUGAUGACACCACCACCAACAACAACAUCAAGAAUAAUAAUAAUGAUGAUUUGGAUUCCCUUAGCGAUGAACAAGCCUAUCACUUUGAUCAAGAAUCUCAACUUCUUGACAAUGAUGCUGCCGCUACUGGCAACGGGAAACUUUCAAAAGAUUGGAAGUUUACAUUUCUACGCUCCAAAGUCAAUGAGAUUGAUGCAUUGGCAAAGCAAGGGAAUCAUUCCUCUCCUUCGGCUUCUUCGUUUACAUCGCAUAGGCUACCUAAUCAGCACUUAUCGCAUAGUCAAUCGGCGGCUUUAAGUGAAGCGAUUGAGAGGCGAAAGGUUAACAAUCAAUACAAUAAUGAUAAUCAUAAUAAUAAUAAUGUCGGUAACCUUUUAACCUCCUCUCUGAUAUGUCUACCUAAUGAAUCGAAUGGUAUUCAAUCAAAAGGAAAUCCUUUAAUGAUGAUGAAUCGGGUAACAAGUAAUAAUCAUCAUUCACAUGGUGAACAACAAAAAUCUCAUUCAACUUAUGCAUCACCUGUUAAACAUCUGUCAGGAUCUAGAUCACCGACGAAGACGACAACACCAACAACAGGAGGGGGAGGAGGAUUUGGAGUUGUUAAUCCUCGUCACCAGUACCAAUCUCCUGUUUCGUUAAAUCCUUUAGGGAUAAAUACAUUCCCCAUUGAAAGUCAACAAUAUCAUCAUCAACAUCAGAAACCGAACAAGUUGAUAUCAAUUGGUUCACGUAAAAAAUCCCCGAAACAUACAGAAAAUAAAAGGACACUAAUGUCUGUUCAAACUCCUACGACUAGUAGUAGUCGUAAUCCCCCGUCUAUGCAUUCUUCAUCGUCUAAAAUUCCUGGAUACGAUUAUGUUCGUAUGUCAAGUUAGUCAAUCAAUCAAUAAAAUGGGGUGGGGAAAUUCGCUAGCCUCACGUCUAUCUAGCCCAACUUUCUCCUUUUUUUUACCUCGGGACUUCUUACUAUAACCAGCUUAGCCGAGGUUUCUGGGAAUGGUGACGCCGGGGCUGACCGAGGAUCGGCACCUAGACCAACAAAACUUGUAUUUUACUCUUAUUUUAUAAUUGUAUUCACAGUGUAGUGUCAAUACAACAACACAUGCAACAGGAAUAAUUUCCAAUUGAUCAUUGUGUAUAAAUAAAAUAGCUCAAAACAAUAGAAUACAUAUAAAUAUAUGGUUCAUUUGAUGGUUUUAAUUGUCUCCGUUUCUCAUUGUUCUCCACCCCUUUUCUUCGGGCUCCUUGUCUAUCGCUGUGUAUAUUCAUUCAUUUCAUCUUCUUUCAUUGCAUAAUUUUGGUUUUAUGUGUGUGUAUGUGUGUGUGUGUGCGUGCGUGUUCAAUGUUCCCCUGUGUGUUUUUUGUUUUUGUUUUUUUUAACAUCCCUAGUCAUUUGAGAAUUGAUGGUGUGAUAAUAAUUACAACACUACCUAAACAUCAAAAACGCACAAACACCUCAUUGGUGGUUGGGUGAGGAGUGACAACGGCGGGGGUGGUGGUGGUGGUGGUAACUAUCUCCAUCUUCUUCUUCUUCGCCGUUUUCUGAUCAUGACAAAUGAUGAUUAUGAUUACGUUUAACUUCUCUCUCUCUCUCUCUGUGGCUUCACGUUUGUUUCCGGGAGGGAAUGGGUUUCUGGGGGGGGGGAAGGGGACGGCGAUGGUACCGCUUUUCCUUUAAAACAAACAAACAAACGAGAUUUCCUCUCAAGGGAAUUUCUUUUCCAUUUCUAUGUUUCAUUUCCUCAAAAUUUAGGUGUCUUCUCUUCAAAUGAACUCAUUUUAUAACCAUCACACCACACCACCUCACUCCACCCCAUCUCAACUUCAAUCACAAUCAUCCUCAAAUCACCAUGACAUAUAUUCACUCACUCAUUCACACAUGCAUACAUACACGUGCACACACGCACAAUGUAUGUGGAUAUGAUCUCAAUAUGGUAUUUGUACAAAUUUUACUCUCCUUUUUUUCUUUUCUUCUUAUAGAGUGGUGUCUCUUGCCCCAUGGCCCUCCAACCCCCCCCCGUCACAUCUUAAUCCAAUUUUUCUUUUUUCUUUGAAAUCAUGAUCUCACUGUUGUUUUUUGAAUUUUAUCAAUCUUUCUCUCUUUGUUUGUUUUUCUCGUGGUGAUUUGUCUUUUAUUGUAGGGUGGGUUGGGUUGAGGUGGGGUGAGGUGAGGAUCCCUCUGAGAACACUAAUUAAUGCUCACUUAUUUAUAUAACAACUUGUAUCUUUGAUUUCAUUGUGUGUGUAUGUGUAAUUCCUCAAUGUAUAUUGUACAGAUUCUUGAGAUCUUGAUCUAAUUAAUCAAUAAAAUAAUGAUCAGUCAGUGAUUUUAUCGAUUAUUUUCAGUGUAAAAUUGUAAGUGGGUUCAGACAUUGAAGAUGAUGUUAAGAUCAAGAAGGGGCAACAAUUAGAGAUUAGAUUAUGAGAUUUGUGGGGGAUUUUUAUUUUGAUUGGCU